AAUAGCUGUUGCAGCAAAAAGAACAAAAAAUAAAUAAAUAAAUAAAGGCCAAAAGAUUCACACAUAUUAUAUAUAUAUAUACACACACAUUGUUACAAUCAUCUGCAGUUAUAAGCAACCACAGGAAGAUAGACCACAGAAAGAAAGAAAGAAAGAAGAAAUAUAUUCCAAGAAAUGAAGCAAAACAUGGAAAUGAUAAUGAUGAAGAAUGAAGAAAACCUUGGAAGGCGCCGCAUGUGCAUGGCAGAAGGUGAAACCAAGGCAACUCAUGUCAAAAGAAGGCGCAGAGAUUCAGCUGCAGUUGCACUUGGGGUUGAUGAAAAUCAGAGUCAGCAGCUGCCACAGCAACAAACUGAUCAAACUUCUGCUUCUACCACUGUGAAAAGAAGUUCAAGAUUUCGCGGCGUUAGCAGACAUAGAUGGACAGGUAGAUUUGAGGCUCACCUGUGGGAUAAGCUCUCUUGGAAUGUUACACAGAAGAAGAAAGGAAAGCAAGUUUACCUUGGAGCUUAUGAUGAAGAAGAAUCUGCAGCAAGAGCAUAUGAUUUAGCUGCAUUGAAGUAUUGGGGAACAUCAACUUUUACCAAUUUUCCGAUAUCAGAUUAUGAGAAAGAGAUUGAGAUAAUGCAAACAGUAACAAAAGAGGAAUAUUUGGCCUCUUUGAGGAGAAAGAGCAGUGGCUUUUCAAGAGGGGUAUCCAAGUACAGGGGUGUUGCAAGGCACCACCACAAUGGGAGAUGGGAAGCAAGAAUAGGAAGAGUUUUUGGAAACAAAUAUCUUUACCUCGGCACCUACAGCACACAAGAGGAGGCUGCUCGGGCCUACGACAUCGCUGCAAUUGAGUACAGAGGGAUUAAUGCAGUGACCAACUUUGACUUGAGCACUUACAUCAGAUGGCUGAAGCCAGGAGUAGCUGUCCAAGUUGCAGCAAAUGAAACAGAGACAGUUAUAGAUCCUCAGACAUUGCCAUCCACUAAUAGCUACAUUGCAAGAGAAGAAUCUAAACCUUCAUUCCUCAGCACUACUCAGUUCAGUUCAGAUUACCUGGACUCCCCUCAAAAACAAGAGGUUUUCCAAAACAAUAUCCCUGUUAGCCCUUGCAACAAAGCUUCAUCACCCUCUGCCCUUAGUCUCCUCCUUCGAUCUUCCAUAUUUAAGGAACUAGUGGAGAAGAAUUCCAAUGUCUCCGAGGAAGAUAAUGAUGGGGAAGAGACAAAGAACCGACCACAAAUAGGCAGCGAUGAUGAGUUUGGUGGGAUCUUUUACGAAGGAAUUGGCGACAUCCCAUUUGCAUACUCCAACAAAGAAAGCUUAGAUUUGCAAGAAAGAGAACUUCACUUCGUUUUUUGA